AUGCUGCCCCCAGGCUCAGGGGCGGUGGACCCCGAAGACCGCAAAAUCAUCGAGAAACUCGCCAAAUUGCAGAACAUGUACACACAGAUUGGUGACCUUCGGACUUUACUGCCCGAGAAACUGAUCAACCCAGCCCGAACGGCGCUGGACCACCCUGGCAAUUAUGAGCCUGCAAAGCUCGCCGCCUAUUUGCAGACGGCGGCACAGGCAGGGAGUCGAGACGUUGAGAGAUUCAAGAAGGACUGGCACAGUGACGACGUGCGCGAGCUCUGGCAAACCGUCCACGCCAAUGACUUGCCCCAGGGUGGAGACGCAUGGGCCUUCGACUAUGCCAGUCUCCUACGGGAUGCUGCUGCAAACGAGCAGACAUCCAUCACGGCAAAGGACGCUAGUAAUGAGUUUCAGCCCCCAUCUGAUGCCGAAAUUGCAAAGACGGUGGACGACUUUCGCGCAAGGCAUCCAGAGGUGAAGAUACACGUGGCAAACGAACCAUCCCUCUUGCCAAUCGACAUCACCGUCUCCCGUUUUGGCUUUCGAGUUGAGAAGAGCCAGUCUCUGGGCGGACCAGCAUUCAACGUCAUUGACAAGUCUGGUGCAGAAGCAUCGGGCGUCUACGACGUGCGCGCUGACGUCGUUCAAAGCAUUCAAGAGUCGAAGGAGACAGCUCGGCUUGGAGACCUCCUUGAGAUGAUUUAUUCAUACCACGAUUUGAUGGCCCGACCGUGCGAUAAGUGCAAGAAGCUUCUCGACACCAAGAAGCUGAAAAUGCCCGUGAUUCGACAAGCAAAUCCCUCGACCCAGGGCGAGCAACAGCCUCCGUUUUUGGCCCUCCACCGAGCUUGCAGUUGA